AUGCCUUCACCAAACGGCCUGCCGGACUUGCCAUUACCCUCAGGCAUCACAGAAAACUACAUCGACUGCACCCCCUCCUGCGGCCUCAACUUCCACAUCCUCAAAGCCGGACAACCAGGCAAACCUCUCAUCCUCUUCUGCCAUGGCUUUCCCGAACUCGCCUUCUCCUGGCGCAAAAUCCUGCCUUCCGUAGCAGCAACGGGAUACUUUUGCGUGGCGAUGGACCAACGUGGCUACGGCCGCACGACGGGGUGGGAGAACAGACCGUUCCAUGAAGUUGACCUGAACGAGUAUACGAUGACGAAUCUGGUGCGGGAUCUGAUAUGUCUGGUCUAUCGGCUUGGAUACACCGAAGUCAAGUGUAUUGUUGGACAUGAUUUUGGUGCUGUCUCCUCCGCCAUGACGGCGUUGAUGAGACCGGAUAUUUUCAAAUCGACGAUUCAGAUGAGCCAUCCGCAUCAUCAACCUCCGCAGCCGGUUUUUGGUGACGAAGUGCCGAAGAAGAAAGUGGAUAUUCAAGCUGAGCUGGCGAAACUGGAUCCGCCAAGGAAGCAUUAUAAGUGGUAUAAUUGCACGGCGACUGCUGCUGGGGAUUGGGAUAACCCGCCGCAGGGUUUGGAGGAGUAUUUGAGAGGGUAUUUUCAUUUGAAGUCUGCGGAAUGGGAUAAAAAUGCUCCGCAUCCGUUGAAGGAGUGGAGUGCGGAGGAGUUGGCGGUGAUGCCGGAGUAUUAUAUCAUGAAGAAGGACGACACGUUCCCGGAGAGCGUAGCGAAGACUAUGCGUGGCGAAGAUGCGAGCAAGACAGAGCGCUGGCUAUUCCCCGAAGCACUGCAGGUCUACUGUAACGAAUGGAGCCGCACAGGUUUCCAAAGCGCGCUGAACUGGUAUCGCGCGCAGACGGAGUCGUCGGAGCAGGCGGCGAAGGAUAUGUUUAUGUUUGCUGGCAAGAGGAUCGAAGUGCCUUGUGCUUUUGUCAGCGGCAAGCAGGAUUGGGGCAACUAUCAGCAGCCGGGGGCUUUUGAGGCGUAUGAGGAUGAGCGGUGCGUGAGGCCGGGGUGUUUUCGCGGGGCGAGGUUGAUUGAAGGGGCGGGACAUUGGGUGCAGCAGGAGCAGCCGGAGGAGGUUGUGGAGGAGGUGCUUGGGUUUCUAGGGAGCUUGUGA